AUGUUUGUUGUUAACUUAAGAUUGAUACGCUUCAAAGGUAUAAGAGUCAUAGAUGGGAAGAACGCUUGGACAUAUCUAUCACUACCGUUUAAGGCAGCACGAUCUAGAUUCAAACUCCACUCUUUCAAAGAUAUCUAUGACAAUAGCACAUCGUAUCACGAUGACUUGUUCUUUGACAAAUACGAUCUUGUUUCAUCAUGGUGUACGCGCAGAGAACUCUUCCAAUCGCUGGCCCAAUUCAAGUCUCUGACAAAGUUGGAACUCGUGGGUGAGGGUAUCCCACCUCUUGGACCAAAUACCUUUCCGACCAGUCUCACGUCACUCACUCUUGCUACGAGCACAGUCCCUCCACAAAAUACAUUCACGUCACUCAAGUCACUGACCGAACUCAUUAUUGAAAUAGAGUACUAUGGCGAGGGUGUAACCCCACCAAGAAUGGAUCUCGAGUCUAACCUCACUCACUUUAUUCAACUCUUGGUUGAUUACGCAUACAUCCCGGCGCAAUAUACGAUGCCAUUGUUGGAGAAAUUGUAUGUGCCAAAGAAUCUAUUGGUCAGCGAUACAUGUAGAAAAAUUAGAAAUUAG